UCUCUCUCUCUCUCUCUCUCUCUCUCUCUCUCUCUCUCUCUCUCUCUCUCUCUCUCUCUCUCUCUCUCUCACACACACACACACACACACACACUCACAUACACUACACACGCACAGUGUCACAGUCAGGAGAUCUUCAACAGCUCGGAUACACAGAUCAGGAUAAUUUUCUACCAUUUUUCCCCCCAAGAAAUUUUUCUGUAUUACAUAAAGAUCAACAAAAAAAGAUGGAGCAACCAUUGAGGGUUUGGCUGGUGUUUACUGUGCUAUUAUAUUUUUCACUUUGUUCUCUUGCAAACCAACUAAACAUGUGUAUGGAUGCUAAACAUCACAAAACUGAGCCGGGACCAGAAGGAGAACUUUACCUGCAGUGUUCUCCUUGGCAUCAGAAUGCAUGUUGCACUGCAAACACCUCAGCUGAAGCCCAUGAAGAUAACUCAUACCUAUAUAACUUUAACUGGAACCACUGUGGGAUCAUGAGUAAAAAAUGUAAAGAGCAUUUCAUCCAGGACACGUGUUUCUACGAGUGUUCUCCUCACCUGGGACCAUGGAUCCAGCCGGCGGAUACCACUUGGCGGAAGGAGCGCAUAUUAGAUGUUCCAUUAUGUUUGGAGGACUGUGAAACAUGGUACAAUGACUGCAAAAAUGACAUCACCUGCAAAGAGAACUGGCAUAAGGGCUGGGACUGGACCUCAGGUACAAACCGCUGUCCUGUAGGAGCUCAGUGCCAAAAGUGGACUGAAGUUUUCCCCAACGCUCAGAGCAUGUGUGAGAAAAUCUGGUCCAACUCCUACAAGUACACUACAUACAGCAGGGACAGUGGCCGCUGCAUGCAGAUGUGGUUCACUGGCCAGAACCCUAACAAAAAGGUGGCAGAGUUCUACCUGAACCAUGGCUCUCGAACAGAGAUGGCCAUGUUGACAAGCUUCACACUUUCUCUUGCUGUCCUUCUCUCAAUGCUGUAAAAUUCUAAUAAAGAGAAAGACUAAGAAAAA